AUGAGGGCCACAGUUCUCUCCAGCGCCCUCGUGGCGGCCUUUGCGACCCAACAAGUCUCCGCGGCGUUCUUCCGCGGCACGGCCAUGGAUAUUGGUCCAGACGAUGAAGACGUUCACGCCCUGAACAAGCGCGCAGAGAUCUACAAUGGCUGGGGCACCUUCGACCAGCUCAUUGACCACAACAACCCUUCCCUAGGGACCUUCAAGCAGCGCUACUGGUACGGCACCGAGUACUGGCGGGGCCCUGGCUCUCCCAUCUACCUGACCACGCCUGGCGAGCAGAGCGCGACUGGCUUCAAUAAGACGUGGCUAACGAGCUCGCGUCUCUCGGGCUUGAUGGCUAACCGCACUGGUGGUGCAGUUAUUAUUCUGGAGCACCGCUACUGGGGCGAGUCGUCUCCUUAUGAGGAGCUGACCGUCGAUAACCUCAAGUACCUUACGCUGGAGCAGUCUCUUAAGGAUCUGACCUACUUCGCGAAGAACUUUGUCCCUCCCUUUGAUCCUUCCGGCAACAGCUCGGCCGACAAGGCACCGUGGAUCUUCUCUGGUGGUUCAUACUCUGGCGCUCUUGCUGGCUGGCUAGCUGCCCUGGAGCCUGGCACUUUCUGGGCGUACUACAGCUCCAGCGGCGUCGUUGAGGCAAUUGGCGACUUCUGGCAGUACUUUGUUCCCGUGCAGGAGGCUACCCCCAAAAACUGCAGCUCUGAUGUGAACGCUGUCAUCGAGUAUGUCGACACGAUCUUGCGUUUCGGCACUUCUCAGCAGAAGAAGGCCCUCAAGGAUAAGUUCAUGCUUGGCGACCUGACUGAUCAGGACUUUGCCUCUGCUCUGGAGUGGGGUCCUUGGCAGUGGCAGUCGACUCAGUUCUACAACAGCAAGGUCCAGGGCUACACCCCGUAUUACCGCUUCUGCGACUAUGUCGAGAACGUCUGGCCUGGUUCGAACAACAAGAUACCUGGCGCUCUCGGCGUUGGUCUCUCCAAGGCUCUUGAUGGCUACGCCAAGUGGAUUAAGGAGGAGAUGCUCCCUGGAUUCUGCGAGUCUGCCGGCUACCCCGAAUGGAAUGGCACUUACAACACUGGCUGCCUGCAGAACCAGAACCCCGACAAUGUGGCUUACAAGGACCUCUCCCCUGGCAACUGGCUCAAUCGUCAGUGGUUUUGGAUGCUCUGCAACGAGCCCUUUGAAUGGUGGCAAGAUGGUGCUCCCCUCUCCCGCCCUACCCUCGUCUCACACCUCGUCGACCCAGCCUACUGGCGUAACCAGUGCCCACUCAUCUUCCCCGCCUCGCAGUCCAGCACCGGCAAGCUUGCCUACGGCCUGGCUAAGGGCCAGCGAGCGGAGCGCGUGAACCGCUGGACGGGCGGCUGGAGCGCGACUAACACCACGCGCGCCAUGCACACCAACGGUCAGCACGACCCGUGGAGGGAUGCUACCUUGUCUAGCAUCUUCCGGCCGGGCGGUCCGGUUAAGAGCACGGAAAAGUUGCCUGUCAGGGUUGUCGAGGGUGGUGUGCACUGCUCGGAUUUGUAUGGGCCUAAUUGGGAUGCGAAUGAGGGAGUUAGGAAGGUCGCGUAUGAUGCGGUUGAGCAGAUGACGCAGUGGGUUGGUGAGUGGUAUGAGGAGAAGGGGGUGGAGAAGCCUUGGAAGGAGUGA